AAAAGAGAGGAGGCAGAAGAGGGUGUUCCUGGGGAAGAGAGAAAAAGAUAAGAAGAUAACAAGAGUAGACCAUGGCAUCUGCCUCUCUUCUCAAGUCAUCUCCGGUUCUCGACAAGUCGGAGUGGGUGAAGGGCCAGUCACUUCGCCAACCCUCCGUUUCCGUGGUCCGCUGCAACCCUGUUGCUCCCUCAGCGCUCACCAUUCGAGCUGGCUCAUACGCUGAUGAGCUUGUCAAAACCGCGAAAACUAUUGCCUCUCCUGGGCGUGGAAUCUUGGCGAUGGAUGAGUCAAAUGCUACCUGCGGGAAGCGUCUGGCAUCAAUUGGGCUAGAGAACACGGAGGCCAACCGCCAGGCUUACAGAACACUCCUGGUUACGGCACCUGGGCUUGGCAACUACAUCUCAGGAGCUAUCCUCUUCGAGGAGACACUCUACCAAUCCACCACUGACGGGAAGAAGAUGGUUGAUGUGCUUGUUGAGCAGAAAAUUGUGCCUGGUAUUAAGGUUGACAAGGGUUUGGUUCCUCUGGUCGGUUCAAACGACGAGUCUUGGUGCCAGGGUCUAGAUGGCCUCGCCUCCCGCUCUGCUGCUUACUAUCAGCAGGGUGCUCGUUUCGCAAAAUGGCGCACGGUUGUGAGCAUUCCCAACGGCCCAUCUGCCCUUGCUGUGAAGGAAGCAGCCUGGGGUCUGGCUCGCUAUGCUGCCAUCUCUCAGGACAAUGGAUUGGUGCCAAUCGUGGAGCCGGAGAUUCUGCUUGAUGGGGAACAUGGGAUCGACAGGACCUUUGAAGUGGCCCAGAAGGUAUGGGCUGAGGUUUUCUUCUACCUUGCUGAGAACAAUGUCAUGUUUGAAGGUAUCCUUCUCAAGCCCAGCAUGGUUACUCCUGGGGCCGAGUGCAAGGACAAAGCCACACCUGAACAGGUUGCCCAAUACACCCUCAAGCUCCUCAGCCGAAGAAUCCCCCCAGCUGUCCCUGGAAUCAUGUUUUUAUCUGGUGGGCAAUCUGAGGUGGAAGCUACCCUCAACCUGAAUGCAAUGAACCAAGCUCCUAACCCAUGGCACGUGUCCUUCUCAUACGCAAGAGCCCUUCAGAACACUUGCUUGAAGACGUGGGGAGGAAGGCCUGAGAACGUGAAGGAGGCUCAAGAUACUCUUCUUCUCAGGGCAAAGGCCAACUCUCUUGCUCAGCUUGGCAAGUAUACCGGCGAGGGAGAGUCUGAGGAGUCCAAGAAAGGAAUGUUCGUGAAGGGUUAUGUCUACUAAGCCAUUCAAUCUAUUGCAUGGAUGAACCAGAUAGUGGUUAAGAUGCAGGGAUGUGGGCAGAGGCCUUCCUCCGUUUUAUGCUUAAUAGCCAAUGGGGACUAUUUUUGUUCAUAGCAUGUACUUACCAAAUUCUAAUAAAUUUCUUGCCAGUGAGAUUACUAUAUAUAAA